AUGGCGAAGGAACUGGAGACGUUAAGAAACCAGAGAGAAGACAAUGGCCUCAAAUCUACGGUAUCACCAGAUACCCACUUCGACUCUCCUGAGUAUGCGCUUGAACAGUCGGGUACGGCUAUGGUGACAGAUUUUGGCACCAAAGAGCAAUACCAACUAGAAGGUUUCACAAUUGACAGAAACACAGUCGCCGAUGUGUUCAAAAUGUUUGCAAUAUUCUACUACCCCCACUUCCCCGUGCUGAAUCCGAGCAUCUCCAUUUCAGCAGUAGGUAUGCAUAUGGGCGUCUCACCCCAUAUCAACGAGACCACAGAGCUAGCGACGAUAGAAAAUUUCGUCCGCACAUACCCGAUUCCACCUGAAUUUGCCUACCAAGUAAUGGUACACCAUAUCAUGGCCAAGUUCACAACCAUAGUAUUAGAGAACACUCAAGAGACCGUAUCCCAAUCGCUUGUGAAGCUCAUCGAUACAGAGCUCGACAGCCUCAAAACGAGGUUCCCAACAUCAUGGUCCCCUCGCAUAGAAAUGGCUGUGCUCGUCGCUAAACUGCAUCUCUACACCAUGACCAUCAUCCGCAUGCAAGACCUCACAUCGCGAGAGGUUCUGAUGAAGAAUGGCUACUCAGUUGCCCUCCGCGUAGUCUAUCUCUCUGAUCAAGGUCUUUUCCAUCGCUCGGAUGAUUAUCCCGAACUGGCUGCUGGACCUCUGCUGCACACUUGCCCCAAAAAUUACUUCCGCGCCCUGAUGCUUGCCACUGUGUUCUUACUUAGGUUCUUCGCACUAAACAUCAACGCUACACCCGAAGAGCAAGAAACUGCAAAGAACCACGUCGCAAUAGCACAGCGAUUUUUUCGCAACGGAGCAACCGAUCCAAGCAACCCAACGGACGAGAAAGCGCGGGCAUCCAUAGUUAUCGAGGUACUAAGCCGGCAACAACCUAUGGACAUUGACAGCUCAAAACUCAAGAUUGACGAUCGUAUGGGCGCAAGCCUCGUAUUCGAUGCCAUCACUAGGGGUCAUGAAUUGAGAAACAUCAAAACCGACCUGGAGGAACGGACGUCCCCGCAAGAGAACGGAACCGAUCAGCAACAGUCGGUUGCCGAAAUGCCCCCUCCUCCUGCAAUGUUGGCGUUUGACGACUACGCGGAGAUGACGCAGGCAGAUAUUAGUGCUAUGAAUGACUUCGAUCUACCGCUCGACUUCAAUACGCUGCCACAGGACCUUUGGGGCGAUUCUAUGUGGGGAAUGUUCGGCACCUUCGCCCCCUCAUAUUGA